CAAAGCGUGGGUUAUAUCAAUACCUUUGCCAAAACCCUUUAAACAGUUUCGCAUUUUCGCGAACGACGGAUAUGUUGUUUUAAAAUGUGGGGGACCAUACUAAUAGUUUCGAUAGUGACAGUAUCUGUCAGAUCGCACCAUCCUAUCCCAGCACCGAAUGACCAGGUGUACCAGGUUGGAGGCUCUAAACUGCCAACAAAUGUUGACCCCAAGAACUUUGGUCCGACGAUAACAAAGAAAGGAUCACGUCCGUCACGAUUACAGUCUGGAAAUUACAAUGCCGAGAGCAGCACGGGCCUAUCAGGAACAAACAUACAGUACCCAUUUGAAAUUGCACUGGUGUAUGAAAAUGCUACUAAUGGACAAUCACAAAAUCAGUAUAAGCCUAAAGAAACAAAUAUCACUACAAAUAAAACGAACAAUGUUGGUGUUAAAUCCAAUUUGCUAUCAAUGGUUUCCAAUGCCGUAAAAAAUAAACCGAAUCAAAAUUAUAACACUCAAAACAAAUCAAAUGCAAUUGGUGCAAUUAAAGGCAACACGUACAACGCUAACGAUAAACUUAAUCUUAAUUACAAAAGCACGGCAUAUAAAAAAGCGGCUGCAUUUAUAAAGCAGUUCCCAACAAUAAAUCCAACAAAGUAUGGAACAAAUAAAGGGACAGUUACGCCGGGGUUACCGAGCAGACCAAACACAUAUGGCAACAAUUAUAAUGCUCCAAGUAAACCAACAAAACCUACGUCAAAACCGUACGGUACAAUAGAUGUGAACGGAGUGGACAAUAAUGGCAACAAUUAUAACGCUCCAAGUGAACCAACAAAGCCUACGUCGAAACCGUACGGUACAAAAGUUGUGAACGGAGCGGACAAUAAUGGCAACAAUUAUAACGCUCCAAGUAAACCAACAAAGCCUACGUCGAAACCGUACGGUACAAAAGUUGUGAACGGAGCGGACAAUAAUGGCAACAAUUAUAACGCUCCAAGUGAACCAACAAAGCCUACGUCGAAACCGUACGGUACGAUAGAUUGGUACAGACCGAAAAAUAAUGGCAAUAACUAUAACGCUCCAAGUAAACCAACAAAGCCUACGUCAAAACCGUACGGUACAGUUGAUGCGAACGGACCGGAUAAGAAUGGCAAUACUUAUAACGUUCCAAGUGAACCAACAAAGCCUACGUCAAAACCGUACGGCACGAUAGAUUGGAACAGACCGAAAAAUAAUGGCAACAAUUAUAACACUCCAAGUAAACCAACAAAGCCUACGUCAAAACCGUACGGAACAGUUGAUGCGAACGGACCGGAUAAGAAUGGCAACAAUUUUAACGCUCCAAGUAAACCAACAAAGCCUACGUCAAAACCGUACGGUACAAUUGAUGUGAACGGAGCUAACAAUAAUGGCAACAAUUAUAACGCGCCAAGUAAACCAACAAAGCCUACGUCAAAACCGCACGGUUCAAUUGAUUGGAAAAGACCAGACAACAAUGGGAACAACUAUGCAAAUGAAGUAAUUACCAAAAAAAAGAGCAAACUACCUAAUGCACCAUUAUCUCCCAUCGAAAGAAUGAUUGCCUUUGCAAAAAUGAAGGCCGUUGUUAAACUGACAAGGGAACGGGUAGAGAAUCUUUUAGAACUAAAAAAACCCACCAAUAACAACAAUUACAAUGGUCCACAAGAUACAACCUUGAAGCUAUCUAAGCCUUACGGAACAAUUGAUGCCUAUCAACCAGACACCAAUAACAAAAAAAACAAUGGUCCACAAGAUACAACCGUGAACCCAUCUAAGCCUUACGGAACAAAUGAUGCCUACCAACCCGACACCAAUAACAACAAUAACAAUGGUCCACAAGAUAAAACCGUGAAGCCAUCUAAGCCUUACGGAACAAUUGAUGCCUACCAAACCGACACCAAUAACAACAAUUACAAUGGUCCACAAGAUACAACCGUGAAGCCAUCUAAGCCAUACGGAACAAAUGAUGCCUACCAACCCGACACCAAUACCAACAAUUACAAUGGUCUACAAGAUAAAACAGUGAAGCAAUCUAAGCCUUACGGAACAAUUGAUUUCUACCAACCUGACACCAAUAACAACAAUUACAAUGGUCUACAAGAUAAAACAGUGAAGCCAUCUAAGCCUUACGGAACAAUUGAUGCCUACCAACCCGGCACCAAUAACAACAAUUACAAUGGUCCACAAGAUACAACCGUGAAGCCAUCUAAGCCUUACGGAACAAUUGAUGCCUACAUACCUGACACCAAUAACAACAAUAACAAUGGUCCACAAGAUACAACCGUGAAGCCACCUAAGCCUUACGGAACAAAUGAUGCCUACCAACCCGAAAUCAAUAACAAAAAUUACAAUGGUCCACAAGAUAAAACCGUGAAGCCAUCUAAGUCAUACGGAACAAAUGAUGCCUACCAACCCGACACCAAAAAUAACAAUUACAAUGGUCCACAAGAUACAACCGUGAAGCCAUCUAAGCCUUACGGAACAAUUGAUGCCUACAAACCCGACACCAAUAACAACAAUUACAAUGGUCCACAAGAUAAAACCGUGAAGCCAACUAAGCCUUACGGAACAAUUGAUGCCUACAAACCUGACACCAAUAACAACAAUUACAAUGGUCCACAAGAUACAACCGUGAAGCCAUCUAAGCCUUACGGAACAAAUGAUGCCUACCAAACCGACACUAAUAAUAACAAUUACAAUGGUCCACAAGAUAAAACCGUGAAGCCAUAUAAGCCUUACGGAACAAUUGAUGCCUUCCAACCCGAUACCAAUAAAAACAAUUACAAUGGUCCACAAGAUACAACCGUGAAGCCAUCUAAGCCUUACGUAACAAUUGAUGCCUACCUACCCGAUAACAAUAACAACAAAAACAAUGGUCCACAAGAUACAACCGUGAAGCCAUCAAAACCUUACGGAACAAUUGAUGUCUACCAACCUGACACCAAUAAUAACAAUUACAAUGGUCCACAAGAUAAAACCGUAAAGCAAUCUAAGCCUUACGGAACAAUUGAUGCCUACCAACCUAACACCAAUAACAACAAUUACAAUGGUCCAAAAGAUACAAACGUGAAGCCACCUAAGCCUUACGGAACAAUUGAUGCCUACCUACCCGACAACAACAACAACAAUAACAAUGGUCAACAAGAUACAACCGUGAAGCCAUCAAAACCUUACGGAACAAUUGAUGCCUACCAGGCCGACACCAAUAACAACAAUUACAAUGGUCCAAGCGAUACAACCGUGAAGCCAUCUAAGCCUUACGGAACAAUUGAUGCCUACCAACCCGACACCAAUAACAACAAUUACAAUGGUCCAAAAGUUACAACCGUGACGCCAUCUAAGCCUUACGGAACAAUUGAUGCCUACCAACCCGACAACAAUAACAACAAUUACAAUGGUGCACAAGAUACAACCGUGAAGCCAUCAAAACUUUACGGAACAAUUGAUGCCUACCAACCCGACACCAAUAACAACAAUUACAAUGGUCCAAGCGAUACAACCGUGAAGCCAUCUAAGCCUUACGGAACAAUUGAUGCAUACCUACCCGACAACAAUAACAACAAUUACAAUGGUCCACAAGAUACAACCGUGAAGCCAUCAAAACCUUACGGAACAAUUGAUGCCUACCAACCCGACACCAAUAACAACAAUUACAAUGGUCCAAGCGAUACAACCGUGAAGCCAUCUAAGCCUUACGGAACAAUUAAUGCCUACCUAACCGACAACAAUAAUAACAAUUACAAUGGUACACAAGAUACAAACGUGAAGCCACCUAAGCCUUACGGAACAAUUGAUGCCUACCUACGCGACAACAAUAAUAACAAUUACAAUGGUCCACAAGAUACAACCGUGAAGUCAUCAAAACCUUACGGAACAAUUGAUGCCUACCAACCCGACACCAAUAACAACAAUUACAAUGGUCCAAGCGGUACAACCGUGAAGCCAUCUAAGCCUUACGGAACAAUUGAUGCCUACCAACCCGACAACAAUAACAACAAUUACAAUGGUGCACAAGAUACAACCGUGAAGCCAUCAAAACCUUACGGAACAAUUGACGCCUACCAGGCCGACACCAAUAACAACAAUUACAAUGGUCCACAAGAUACAACCGUGAAGCCAUCUAAGCCUUACGGAAAAAUUGAUGUCUACAAUCCGGACACUAAUAACAACAAUUAUAAUGUUCCAAGCGAUACAACCGUGAAGCCAUCUAAGCCUUACGGAAUAAUUGAUGCCUACCAACGUGACACCAAUAACAACAAUUACAAUGGUCCACAAGAUAAAACCGUAAAGCGAUCAAAGCCAUACGGAACAAUUGAAUCAUACCAACCUGACACCAAUACCAACAAAUACAAUGCUCCUCAAGAUACAACCGUGAGGCCAUCUAAGCCAUACGGAACAAUUGAUGCCUACCAACCCGACACCAAUAACAACAAUAAUAAUGGUCCACAAGAUAAAACCGUGAAGCCAUCCAAGCCUUACGGAACAAUUGAUGCCUACCAACCUGACACCAAUAACAACAAUUACAAUGGUCCUCAAAUUAAAACCGUGAAGCCAUCGAAGCCAUACGGAACAAUUGAUGCCUACCAACCCGACACCAAUAACAACAAUUACAAUGGUCCUGAAGAUACAACCGCAAUGCCAUCAAAGCCAUACGGAACAAUUGAUGCCUACCAACCCGACACCAAUACAAACAAUUACAAUGGUGCAAGCAAAACUGUCGUGAAGCCAUCAAAGCCAUACGGAAAAAUUGAUGCCUACCAACCCGACACCAAUAACAACAAUUACAAUGGUCCACAAGAUACAACCGUGAAACCAUCAAAACCUUACGGAACAAUUGAUGCCUACCAACCCGAUACCAAUAACAACAAUUACAAUGGUCCACAAGAUAAAACCGUAACGCCAUCAGAACCUUACGGAACAAUUGAUGCCUACCAACUUGACACCAAUAACAACAAUUACAAUGGUCCUCAAGUUAAAACCGUGAAGCCAUCGAAGCCAUACGGAACAAUUGAUGCCUACAAACCUGACACCAAUUACAACAAUUACAAUGGUCCAAGCGAUACAACCAUGAAACUAUCUAAGCCUUACGGUUCAAUUGAUGCCUACCAACCCGACACCAAUAACAACAAUAAUAAUGGUCCACAAGAUAAAACCGUGAAGCCAUCAAAGCCAUACGAAACAAUUGAUGCCUACCUACCUGACACCAAUAACAACAAUUACAAUGGUCCACAAGAUACAACCGUGCAGCCAUCAAAGCCUUACGGAACAAUUGAUGCCUACCAACCCGACGUCAAUAACAACAAUUAUAAUGGUCCAGAAGGUACAUCCGUGAAGCCAUCAAAACCUUACGGAACAAUUGAUGCCUACCAACCUGACACCAACAACAGCAAUAACAAUGGCAAUCAAAUGAAGACCGUGAAGCCAUCGAAACCAUACGGAACAAUUGAUGCCUACCAACCCGACUCCAAUAACAACAAUUACAAUGGUCCUGACAAAACAGCCGUGAAGCCAUCUAAACCAUACGGAACAAUUGAUGCCUACCAACCCGACACCAAUAACAACAAUUACAAUGGUCCACAAGAUACAACCGUAAAGCCAUCAAAACCUUUCGGAACAAUUGAUGCCUACCAAUCCGACACCAAUAACAACAAUUACAAUGGUCCACAAGAUAAAACCGUAACGCCAUCUAAGCCUUACGGAACAAUUGAUGCCUACCAACCCGACACCAAUAACAACAAUUACAAUGGUCCACAAGGUACAACCGUGAAGCCAUCAAAACCUUACGGAACAAUUGAUGCCUACCAACCCGACGCCAAUAAUAACAAUUAUAAUGGUCCAGAAGGUACAUCCUUGAAGCCAUCAAAACCUUACGGAACAAUUGAUGCCUACAAAAACGACAACAAUAACAACAAUUACAAUGGUCGACAAUAUAAAACCGUGAAGCCAUCAAAACCUUACGGAACAAUUGAUGCCUACCAACCUGACACCAAUAACAACAAUUACAAUGGUCCUCAAGUUAAAACCGUGAAGCCAUCGAAGCCAUACGGAACAAUUGAUGCCUACAAACCUGACACCAAUUACAACAAAAACAAUGGUCCAAGCGAUACAACCAUGAAACUAUCUAAGCCUUACGGUACAAUUGAUGCAUACCAACCCGACUCCAAUAGCAACAAUUACUAUAGUCCACAAGAUACAACCGUGAAUCCAUCUAAGCCAUACGGAACAAUUGAUGCCUACCAACCCGACACCAAUAACAACAAUUACAAUGGUCCACAAGAUACAACCGUGAAGCCAUCAAAACCUUACGGAACAAUUGAUGCCUACCAACCCGACACCAAUAACAACAAUUACAAUGGUCCACAAGAUACAACCGUGAAGCCAUCUAAGCCUUACGGAACAUUUGAUGCCUACCAACCCGACACCAAUAACAACAAUGACAAUGGUCCACAAGGUACAUCCGUGAAACCAUCAAAACCUUACGGAACAAUUGAUGCCUACCAACCCGACGCCAAUUACAACAAUUACAAUGGUCCAAGCGAUAAAACCGUGAAUCCAUCUAAGCCAUACGGAACAAAUGAUGCCUACCAACCCGACACCAAUAACAACAAUAAUAAUGGUCCAAAAGAUAAAACCGUGAAGCCAUCGAAGCGAUACGGAACAAUUGAUGCCUACCAACCUGACACCAAUAACAACAAUUUCAAUGGUCCACAAGAUACAACCGUGAAGCCAUCUAAGCCUUACGAAAUAAUUGAUGCCUACCAACCCGACACCAAUAACAACAAUUACAAUGGUCCACAAGGUAUAUCCGUGAAACCAUCAAAACCUUACGGAACAAUUGAUGCCUACCAACCCGACACCAAUAACAACAAUUAUAAUGGCCCCCAAGGUCCAUCCGUGAAGCCAUCAAAACCUUACGGAACAAUUGAUGCCUACCAACCCGACAACAAUAACAACAAUUACAAUGGUCGACAAGAUAAAACCGUAACGCCAUCAAAACCUUACGGAACAAUUGAUGCCUACCAACCCGACACCAAUAGCAACAAUUACAAUGGUCCACAAGAUACAACCGUGAAGCCAUCUAAGCCUUACGGAACAAUUGAUGCCUACCAACCCGACACCAAUAACAACAAUUACAAUGGUCCACAAGAUACAACCGUGAAGCCAUCAAAUCCUUACGGAACAAUUGAUGCCUACCAACCCGACACCAAUAACAACAAUUACAAUGGUCCACAAGAUACAAACGUGAAGCCAUCUAAGCCUUACGGAACAAUUGAUGCCUACCAACCCGACACCAUUAACAACAAUGACAAUGGUCCACAGGAUACAUCCGUGAAACCAUCAAAACCUUACGGAACAAUUGAUGCCUACCAACCCGACAUCAAUAACAACAACUACAAUGGUCCACAAGAUACAACCGUGAAGCCAUCUAAGCCUUACGGAACAAUUGAUGCCUACCAACCCGACACCAAUAACAACAAUAAUAAUGGUCCAAAAGAUAAAACCGUGAAGCCAUCGAAGCCAUACGGAACAAUUGAUGCCUACCAACCUGACACCAAUAACAACAAUUACAAUGGUCCACAAGAUACAACCGUAAAGCCAUCUAAGCCUUACGGAACAAUUGAUGCCUACCAACCCGACACCAAUAACAACAAUUACAAUGGUCCACAAGGUACAUCCGUGAAACCAUCAAAAUCUUACGGAACAAUUGAUGCCUACCAACCCGACACCAAUAACAACAAUAAUAAUGGUCCACAAGGUCCAUCCGUGAAGCCAUCAAAACCUUACGGAACAAUUGAUGCCUACCAACCCGACAACAAUAACAACAAUUACAAUGGUCGACAAGAUAAAACCGUAACGCCAUCAAAACCUUACGGAACAAUUGAUGCCUACCAACCCGACACCAAUAGCAACAAUUACAAUGGUCCACAAGAUACAACCGUGAAGCCAUCUAAGUCUUACGGAACAAGUGAUGCCUACCAACCUGACACCAAUAACAACAAUUACAAUGGUCCACAAGAUACAACCGUGAAGCCAUCUAAGCCUUACGGAACAAUUGAUGCCUACCAACCUGACACCAAUAACAACAAUUACAAUGGUCCACAGGAUACAACCGUAAAGCCAUCUAAGUCUUACGGAACAAUUGAUGCCUACCAACCCGACAUCAAAAACAACAACUACAAUGGUCCACAAGAUACAACCGUUAAGCCAUCUAAGCCUUACGGAACAAUUGAUGCCUACCAACCCGACACCAAUAACAACAAUAUCAAUGGUCCAAAAGAUAAAACCGUGAAGCCAUCGAAGCCAUACGGAACAACUGAUGCCUACCAACCUGACACCAAUAACAACAAUUACAAUGGUCCAAAAGAUACAACCGUGAAGCCAUCUAAGCCUUACGGAACAAUUGAUGCCUACCAACCCGACACCAAUAACAACAAUGACAAUGGUCCACAAAGUACAUCCGUGAAACCAUCAAAAUCUUACGGAACAAUUGAUGCCUACCAACCCGACACCAAUAACAACAAUUAUAAUGGUCCACAAGGUCCAUCCGUGAAGCCAUCAAAACCUUACGGAACAAUUAAUGCCUACCAACCCGACAACAAUAACAACAAUUACAAUGGUCGACAAGAUAAAACCGUAACGCCAUCAAAACCUUACGGAACAAUUGAUGCCUACCAACCUGACACCAAUAACAACAAUUACAAUGGUCCACAAGAUACAACCGUGAAGCCAUCUAAGCCUUACGGAACAAUUGAUGCCUACCAACCUGACACCAAUAACAACAAUUACAAUGGUCCACAAGAUACAACCGUGAAGCCAUCUAAGCCUUACGGAACAAUUGAUGCCUACCAAUCUGACCCCAAUAACAACAAUUACAAUGGUCCACAAGAUACAACCGUAAAGCCAUCUAAGUCAUACGGAACAAUUGAUGCCUACCAACCCGACACCAAUAACAACAAUAAUAAUGGUCCAAAAGAUAAAACCGUGAAGCCAUCGAAGCCAUACGGAACAAUUGAUGCCUACCAACCAGACGCCAUUAACAACAAUUACAAUGGUCCACAAGAUAAAACCGUGAAGCCAUCGGAGCCAUACGGAACAAUUGAUGCCUACCAGCCUGACACCAAAAACAACAAUUACAAUGGUCCACAAGAUAUAAACGUGAAGCCAUAUAAGCCUUACGGAACAAUUGAUACCUACCAACCGGACAACAAUAACAACAAUAAGAAUGGUCCACAAGAUACAACCGUAAAGUCAUCUAAGCUAUAUGGAACAAUUGAUGCAUACCAACCCGACACAAAUAACAACAAUUACAAUGGUCCUCAAGGUACAGCCGUGAAGCCAUCUAAGGCUUACGGAACAAUUGAUGCCUACCUACCUGACACCAAUAACAAUAAUUACAAUGGUCCUCAAGAUAAAACCGCGAAGCCAUCUAAGCCAUACGGAAAAAUUGAUGCCUACCAACCAGACAUCAAUAACAACAAUUAUAAUGGUCCAAGCGAUACAACCAUGAAGCCGUCUAUGCCUUACGGAACAAUUGAUGCCUACCAACCCGACACCAAUAACAACAAUUACAAUGGUCCAAGCGAUACAACCGUGAAGCAAUCUAAGUCUUACGGAACAAUUGAAACCUAUCAACCUGACACCAAUACAAACAAAUACAAUGGUCCACAACAUAAAACCGUGAAGCCAUCUAAGCCAUACGGAACAAUUGAUGCCUACCAACCCGACACCAAUAACAACAAUUACAAUGGUCCACAAGAUACAACCGUGAAGCCAUCUAAAUCUUACGAAACAAUUGAUGCCUACCUACCCGACACCAAUAACAACAAUUACAAUGGUCCACAAGGUACAACUGUGAAGUCAUCUAAGCCUUACGGAACAAUUGAUGCCUACCAACCCGACACCAAUAACAACAAUUACAAUGGUCCACAAGAUACAACCGUGAAGCCAUCUAAGCGUUACGGAACAAUUGAUGCCUACAAACCCGACACCAAUUACAACAAUUACAAUGGUCCACGAGAAACACCAGGAAAGCCAUCGAAGCCUUAUGGAUCAUUUGCGACCUAUCAACCCGACACCAAUAACAACAAUUACAAUGAUCCGCGCGUUGUUAUAGUAAAAGCAUCUCAGUCUUACGGAACAAUUGAUGCCAAACGACCGGUUACAAAUAAAAAUGAUUACAAUAAUCCAGGUAAUACAAAAGUAAAGGCACCAAAGCCUUACGGAGCAGUUGAUGCCAAAAAACCUUAUACUAAUAACAACAACAAUUACAAUGAUCCACUCGAUGUAACAAUAAAGGUAGCACAAUCUUACGGAACCAUUGAUAACAACAGGCUUGAUACCAACGGCAACCAUAAUUACAACGGCCCACGCGAUGCUUCACAAAAGACAUCUAAGAUUUACAAUAUAAUAAAUGCAAACCGACUAGGCAAAAAGUCCAACAACAAUUACAAUGAUCCAAAUUCAUACAUUAAAACCUAUCAAAAAACUAGGCUAAGGAGUGGCUCACGUCAUGAAAAUUCCGAACGACUUCCGGCAGUAUCUAGUGUUUCUUCUCACUCUAACGAUUAUAUGAAAUACAUACCUGGUUCAUUGGAGAAAACUUUGAGAAAGGAAGCAAAACCAUCACCGAAGUGUAAAUUGAUUCCAGUCUGCGGCACGGAUAGUAUGACAUAUUUGUCAGAGUGCUUCUUACCGAGUGGUGUUAAGAAAAUGUGUGAUGGAUUCUGUCCUUGUAAACGCCAGAACGCCUACCCGGAGACAAAUGGAAACAAGCAUGGCUUUGUUUCAAGAACGAAAUCUGGCAGUCGCCAUCCAGGUCAGACGGAUAUAAAGGCUUACAAUUCGGAUACGACUAAGAUUAUUACAAGAACGAAAUAUGGUAGUCGUCAUCCAAUUGUGACUGGUGCACAGUCUGGCGCUUCUUCCAUAUCUGUGGAUGGACCAGUCUCAAAACGAACACAUGCUCUAGCUUCGAUGUUAGCAAAGAAAAUCAUUUCUCCGCGGCAAAUAUGCGAAGCUAAAUGCUCAGGUGUGGAGAGAAAUCCUGUCUGCUCUGUUGCUGGAAAAUCCUACGAGAACGAAUGCCUCCGGUAUUGCAGUGGUGAAUCUACAGCUUGUGCUGGCUCUUGUCCAUGCAUGAAGGCUUCUAUUCCGAAGCUCCCAAUGGGCAGGAAAGCAUCUAUUCCGAAACCACCACAGAAUAUUGUCAAGACUAAGGCUGCUCCUAAAAGGAAUAUUCUAAAACAGACAACUACCGCCCCUCGACCGACAACAGUUGCCCCCAAGCCGGUUGUCAAAACUAAGGGCAUUCCUGCAACAUCGACCUAUACACAAAGCGAGAAGAAAGGAAAGGAAUCAGACGUGGUUUCACGUACGGUUGGAAAGGCACCAGUGGUUAUCAAACAUGAGCCCGUUGUGAAGGCCGGUAGUGUUGCCACCGAUGUACAUGUUGUAUCGACGACACCUUCUGGUGACUCCGGUGUUAACGGAGGGGACAGUCCGGACAGUCCGGACGGUUCGGACAGCGGAAAGUCUAACGACGGUCCUGACAGUUAGAUGACCAUUACGAUCCAACAGUUUAAUAACUGGACAGCCCUUCAUUGAAAAAAGAGUUCAAAAGUGUUUGUUAACAUACAAUGCGACUUGCAGACGAGGCAGUUUCAAUCAUUAGAAUAUAAUACUUAAUAAAAUUACAUAUUAUUAUGUAUUGAUUAUAUAUUUGUGUUCACUUUCUCUGAAUGAUGCUGCAACCUCUGACACAAUGCAGCCAUACGGAGAUUCUGUUCUGAACAAUGUACAAUGUUUCACAGCAAUAAAUUAAAGUUUUGGAUACAAAAACAUGUGAAAAAUUCCAAAAGAGAAUUGAGAAACAAUCCAUAAAUAAUAAAACCACAGCAUUGUGUUUAUUCUGGAGGCAAGAAAUGCACUGCAUUUACUAAGUGACUUAGUAGAAGAUAUUUAACAUUUGCUUUAGGCUUAGAUAAAUUUCUGUGCAGAAUGCUUUCAUAUUUGGUGACAUCUCAACUUACUGUCUCAUCGUUGUGCCACACUGAUGCAUGCAUAAUGUUUGAUCUCUAAAACGAACAAUUACCAUGUGUUAAGUCAUGUACAAUAGGUAUGUACGAAUAAAAGUUGAUAACAUUA